AUGCAAAGCACCCUCAGAAGCCUCCGCCUCGGCUCCCGUUUCGGAAACCGCCUUAGUGUGGCAAAGUACCACUCCGCCCUGCACCCAAACAUCCUUAUCAACACCAAGGCGCCGGAACUGAUCCUCCUUACCAAAGCGUUAGACUACCUUCCAAAGUACGGUUUCCACAAACAGUGUAUUGACGACGCCGUGCGUGACCUUGGCUAUGCCGACUCGCUUCAAAGCGUCAUUGCUGCUAACCCGCUGAACGAAUCGCCAGAGCUCCAGCUCACGCUUUUCUGGUUGAAACACCAAAGACAGAAACUCUACGAGCAUGUGCUUGAUCCCAAGCUGGAGUUCCACAAGAUCCCGGACGAGUUCGACAGAGCCGCGUACCUCUUGAAAGAGCGUCUUUCCUACAACCAGCCUGUGGUUGGCCAGUUGGCGCUGGGUCUCUCUCAGCUCGUGCUUCCAUACAACUGGAGCGCCUCGUUGGCUGAACUCCACGCCUUGAGCGACGACAUUGCCUACUACGCCGGUGACAUGUCCAACGACCUGGCCUGGUACGCCAAACGCCUUCUUCUUUCGUCUAUAUACACCUCCGUUUGA